CACAAUAGUUUAUUUGGAUCAUAACACCCCACCAUUUUAGCCAACACAAGUAUAGUACGUAAAAAAAGUUUGGUAAAAUCACUUAGUAUGAAUAGCAUCGCUCCAAGUUAUUUCCCGUGAACAACCCAUCCAUCGCCACGCUCCCUCUCAUCUCCUUGAUCGCCGGUUGCCCUUCCCUGAAAUCCCUCCUCCUGCCGACUCCAUCUGCUUUAUAGAUGGAGCUGCGCCAGUUCUGCCCCUCCGCCGACGACAAAUGGCGCUCGCCGCCACCCAGAUCGACCACCUCCGCGCCCUCGUCGCCCGCCGCGCGCGGCACCUCGCCCGCGUCCGCACCUACCAGCUGACCUGCCUCCCUCCGCCUCGUUGUCCGGCUCCCCGACAGCGACGAGGACGACGAUUACUACCCGGAGCUCCGCCGCUGCUACAACGAGGAGUACUACUAUGAGGACGGGCAGGAGAGGGGAGCGAGGAGGGUGCCGCGGCGUGGAUCUGGAGCGCCGGAUCUGCCUCCUCGAGAACGGACGAGCUAGGGAUGUAGGUGAAUCGUCCCUGGAGGAAGAGAAUGCUCCCACCUGUAUGCAGAUGAGGCAUUAUUGCUGGACCUGGCCGGACAGGAAACACGCGGAUUUUGUGAUGACAAGGAGUUACAUGAGACUGUGUAAAAAAUACAGAUGAAGACUUUCUCCAAUGCCGUGUUGUUUAAGGAAAGGAGGGCAGGUUCGUAGGGGGUUAACAAGCAAGGGAAGUUAGUCAAAGGUCAGUUAAGACUGAUCUAGAAGCGGUUGAACAAUGCCAACAGUGCAUAGUUGUAUGUCAUCUAGGGCUGUCUCCAUUUCAUAUCACCCGGAGUUGUCUAAUGCCUCUGAAUAUGCUGAUAUCCGGAGUGGCGGGGCGGGGUUCUUCUUUCCGGCCAUUGUCGAUGCAGAGCAAUGGGAAUACGCCGCCACUGUUCUCCCUCGGGAGUGGCCGUGGGAUGCCACCACCUGCUGUUUAUUCCCGGAAACAGGGGGCUAGCGCCGAUGGCGGGCCUUCUGCCGUACAGAGAGACGGCGGCGGCAACCACCUUCCCAGCAGCACUGACGUUGGCCACGGCCAACCAGUGAGCGAGAGGCCGCUUCAGAUCGUUCCUGCUAACACCAGAGCUGGGACGGGCAAGAACAUGCCACCGGCCGGUGGCAACGGCGGCUCUGCCGUGCCGGCAAACGGCCGCGUACGGAAGACACGCGCACCCAAGGGGAGCAGCACUCUAGGGGAAUCCAGGAAGGUGCCCGGCAAGAAAUCUGACGCCGGUGAACCGGCGGGCAUGCACCAUGGCACCCAAGACAACAACCAGCUGAAGACUGUCUCGGCUCCAAGCAACAGCAGGAAUAGGAAGAGCACGGCCUCUGCCUCGGCCGUGCCAUCGAGCCGGAGGCCUCGCAGGAAUAACAGUAGCAUGUCCGGCACGGCGGCGGCCAGAGCCAAGAAGCACACCAUCCUGACAUGGCUGAUCGACUCCGGUGUGCUCAAAGAGAACGAGAAGGUCUCGUACGUGGACAGCACCAGCUUCGCCACGAAGGCCUCUGGCGCGGUGACUAGGGCCGGCAUCCAGUGCACCUGCUGCAACACCGCGAUGGCGCCCCCGACCUUCUCGUCCCACGCCGGCUCUGAGGACUCGACACCGUGGGAGAGGCUCCUGCUAAAGUCCGGCAAGUCGUUGCUGGAGUGCGUGCGGGAGGCGUGGCAGGGGGAGGACCUGAGGACCUUACACGCCAAGCAGAAGGCACGGGCUGCGCUGGAGAAAGAACGGGAGAGGAGCACACAGGAGAAGAAGCGUGCUCUGCUGCUCGCCAAGCAGAGCAGGAAGGAACCAGCCCUCGCCCUCGACGGGACCAACUAUGGGGGGGACGACGACCGGAGCGACGACGCGUGCGGUGUGUGCGCAGACGGCGGACAGCUGCUGUGCUGCGACAGCUGCCCGUCCACCUUCCACCCGGAGUGCCUCGCCGUGAAGGUCCCUGAGGACUGCUGGGUCUGCCACUACUGCCGCUGCUUCCUGUGCUCCGCCGAUGAUGACGGCCAUGGCGGCCUCUCCGACUGCAACCAGUGCACCCGCAAGUAUCACCAGCACUGCCGCGCGCCCCUGUUGGCCGGGCACGAGAUCGGUCCCUACUGCAGCGAAGCCUGCAACAAGAUAGCAGUGAAUCUGUCAAACAUGGUGGGAGCCACGACCAGCAUCGGCGAGGAAGGCCACUCAUGGUCCCUGUUAAAGAUCCAGCGGGGCUCCAUGACGUCAGACUCCGCCGCCCUGCUGGAGUGCAAUGCGAAGCUGGCAGUGGCGUUUGGCGUGCUGGAUUUGUGCUUCAACCCUGUGAAGGACCGGCUGACCGGCAUUGACAUGAUUCGCCAGGCCGUCUACAGCGUCGAAUCGGACUUCAAGCGGCUGAGCUAUGAAGGUUUCUACACCAUAGUUCUGCAGAAGGACACGGAGAUCAUAUCAGUGGCCUUGCUCAGGUUCCAUGGCGCCAAGCUGGUGGAGAUGCCGUUCGCGUGCACACUGCCGCAGUACCAUAGACAAGGGAUGAUGCGCCGCCUCGUCAAUGCCAUCGACAAGGUGCUAGAAUCGGUGCAGGUGGAGAAUUUGGUGAUCUCGGCGGUGGCCGAGGUAGUGGACACAUGGAAGAAGCUUGGCUUCAUGACCGUGGAUCCACAGCUGAGAGAUGAGGCCAAGAGGCUCAGCAUGGUCACCAUUGCCGGCACCAUCCUACUCCAGAAGCCCACCGCAUUGCCGAUGACCGAGGACGAGCUGGCGUUCCUGGAGAUGGGCUGGCCGCUCUGCAGCUUCGUCGACCUCUUGAACGGGAUCGCAUUCCCAUGGCCGCCAUAUGCUGACCCCGUGGCCGCUGCCGUGAGGGGGGCGGGCGGCAAGGCGUAGCUACGCCGCGGCCUCAUGCAGCGGCAACCUCCACCUCGGCGUGAACAAGUGAUCAUGACGCCAUUUUUCUGAAGAAUUUGUUGUGUUUCUUUAUUUGACAAUUGAAGUUAGUUUACAUACCGUUUGCUUUAAAAAGUCAGAAGAAUGGACCGAUAACUCUGAAGUUUUGACAUUUGGAGUUUUUUUACAUAUCUUAGACAUGGUUGGGGAACUUCAGUGUAUGCUUAUGUUAUCAUGGGAUCUACAAGUUUUUGGAUGA